AUGACGAAAGCCGAGGCAGCCAUUCGCAUUGUGUAUUGGAAAGCAGGUAAACUGAAUAUCCAACAAAUUGUACCGGGCAUGUUAAUGGCACUUGUAUAUAUGCAUAUUUAUACGCAUUCAUUUCAUAUCCAUCACUUCAUUCUUAUUACUUGCAUCUCACCUCAUUCGUUUGUUAAAAGAAUUUGGAAUUUGGAGAAGAGAAUGGCACAGAGAACUAAAGAGCUUCUUUUUCUGAUGCUUCUCAUUGUGUGGGGUAGCUAUGUGAGUGCAAGUAGAAAAUUAUUGACAGAUAGCCCAAAAGUAGAAGAGGAAGGGUCUUCAAGUCCAAAGACCAUCACCUUCUUUAUGCACCACAUAACGGGAGGACCAAACCCAACUGCCAAUCCUGGACUUGGAGUUGCAGGAUUUCCCAUUGGCACUGGCAAUGCCAUCUCUGGCCUGCCAAACCAGUUUGGAAACACCAUCAAUUUCAAUGGGAAUGGGAACGGUCCUCUUCCAUUGACCAUUCCAAGUGGAGCCAUCAACAAUUCUCCUUUCUUUGGCCAGCUGCCCAUCUCUUCCACCAACGGAGGAGUGCAGGGCAUAGGCUCACUCAUUCCAGGCCUUGGCCUUAAUGCACCUACCUUAGGCCUUCAGAACUCCUUUCCCAACACAAAUAUUAUUAAUGGCGGACUAAAUCCUCUUGGAGGGUCCUCGGGUAUCCCACUGAAUAAUGUGGUUGUGAUUGAGGACACCCUGACAGAAGGUCCUGAUCUACACUCAUCUGCUGUUCUUGGAAAGGGGGAGGGAUAUUAUUAUCACUUGCCCAGCCAUGUUGAAGAGGAAGAUCCCAAUACAUUGUUGCUGGCUUUCACAGCCAAAUUUGAAGGUUCUGAAUACGGAGGUAGCAGCAUUGAAUUCUCAGGCAAAGACGAGAUUGCAUUGGCACAGAGGGAGGUUGCAGUAGUAGGAGGGAGCGGUGUGUUCCAUGACGCUCAAGGCCAUGCUCUCAUAGAGACCGUUUCUCACACAGUCGAUGAGACGGUGCUCAAAUUCACCGCCACUCUUACCUAUGAAUGA